AUGGUGAAAGUGACCCUCGAGGAGUUCAUUUGUGGACCUUGGCUAGAAGAGCAUGGUGUAUUUCGUGCCCAACUGCUUCAGCAGCUCUUGGUGGUAAACGACGUGAUAGAAGAUUGGCCAAGAGUGCUUUCGGCAUGUUGUGGAGAAUCUAGAUGCCAUGAGGCAAUUCUGGAGGCCGUGAAGAAGGGCUGCACCGGAGCAGAGAAAUGGGCGGAGGCACACACUCAGGAGCCGUCCCUCUUGCUGAGCUUCCGCCUGCGCCUGGCCGUCCAGUCCCAGUCGCGGCCGCCGCCAGCGCUCCUGGCGGAGGCGGAGGCGGCACUGCUGCGGGGGGAGAUGCUGGCGCCGGAGGCCUUGAGCUCGUUGGACGCCAGGAGUCUUUGGCCUCGAUUGGUGGAGCAGGGUGCCCUUCUGCCCGCUGCGGCCUUGCUGAACUGCAGUGGAACUGAGUCCUUUGAAGAAUCCGAGCAAGUCACCAGCCUCAUUGCCUCCAAUCUGCUGGGCCCCUCCGCCCACGCGCGCGCCGCCCUCGCGCUGUUGACCGCCCUGCGGCCGCUGUCGCCGCCGGAGCUGCUGGCGGCGCUGCUGCAGCGGCAGCCGCUGCACCUGCUGGAGAGCUUACCGUUGCCGGACGAGGAUCUGCAGUUUGCGGCGGCGCAGCUGGCGUUGCGCCACGGGGACCGCCGUGUGGCGGGCUCCGUGCUGCGGCGGCUCGAGAAGAGCAGGUGGAUGCCGGAGGUCGUGCAGGCCGCCGCCCGCGAGGAGCCCUGGACACAGACCUGGUGGGCCCAGGAGGCGGCGAACGAGACCAACGGAUCCCUGGAGCAGCUGGGUGUGCUGAUGAACGCACGGCCCUGGAGCUCCCACCACACCCUAGCGGACCUCCUGCGCGGCUGGCUCGCGGCGAGCUCUGCGCAGGCGCGAUAUGGCGGCGACGCCGACGCUGCGGCGCGCGCGGCCAACGCUGCGCUGCGGCAGCUGCGCUUGGAGCUGCCAGAGCUGCCGGAGUUGGUGAGGUCAGUGGCAGAGUCGUUUGCAGCUUUGCAGAAGGAGGCGGCGGAGCAGUGUCCACUGCUGUUGGAGAUGGCGGCCUGUGGCCUUGAGGUGCCGGGCCUUGAGGAGCUGCUGAAGCGCUGUCGUCGCACAGAGCUCAAAGAGCUGGUCACAGCCGAUGGCCUCUCCACGCAUCAACGGCAACGUCGGGCAGCAGGUCUGGGGCGCGACGCUGCCACGGCGCUGUGGGCGGUGAAGCACUUGGGAGCUGAGGUGGAGUUACAGGAUGGAGGCUUCGAGCUCGUGUUCUCCGGCCAGAGGUGUGGCUACAUCUCUUGGAAUGAUGCCAGAAAGGCUUGCCUGGAAGACCUUUCUGUCGCAGCUUCAUAUCCCACCCAGGACCCGGAGUAUGCCACCUUUCGACCCACCUUGCUGACCCUGGGCCCAUUGGCCCGAACGCUCAGGGCCGAACCCGCGUUCGCUUUGGACUUUGCUUCGCUCGGUGGAGACGCACAAGGAACGCGGUCCGAGGACUGGACUUCGGCGCAGCGCAGCGAGGGUGAAGUCUUUCACUCAACACCGCGGCACCCGAACGCCGUGAGUCGACGACGGAAUCCGGUCGACCGUGAACUCGAACGACCGCGGUUUCACCGGCUUCAGCGGCCCAAAUUGACCUCGAGCGGCCAGCGAAUGUUGGUAGAGGCGCCCCAGAUGGCACAGGCCGGAAGAAGCGUGAGAUUUCAGGAGGAGUCGGAGGAGAUUCAUGCCGCCCGGCGUUGCCCAGUGAGUUUUGAACACCUUCCCAAGCGGUGCACCCCGCAGCUGAUGGGCGACCGGAACGCGGGCUGCUUCACUCUGCUCCAGGACUGGCUCACCGAGAUCCGAGGACUGAGUGAUCGAGAAAAGGCAGCCAAGGACAAAGCCCAGCGUGAGGACAAGCCCCAAGACAAGCCCGAGAGAAGAGAGGAAGAAUCGAAGGAGACCAAGAGCCCGCAAACAGCAAAGCUCACAGCACCGUCCAAAGACAAGCGUGCUCCACCAGUAGAAGAAGAGGAGGUUGAGGUGGAGCCAGAAGAACCCAGCAGUGCAAAGAAGGAAAAACCCAAGAGGAGAAGGCCCCGCAGCCCGCACAGUGAGGCCGCCGAGGAGGCCACCAGCCCCGCGAGGAGACCAUCCAAGAAGGUGGAAGCAGAGGAGAAGGUGACCCGGCUCCAUUCCUUCAGAGAGCUCGCCGCUGUGCAGUUGAGGACGCUUGGGCUCAUAGAGCUAGCUCAGGCAUCCUACUAUGAGGGGCAUAUAAAGCUGGCAGGCUAUGUGGAGGGCCUUGGCAAAGAUGAGGAGUUUUUGAGCUUCCGUGCAACAGGUACGCAAAGCGACCACAUGAUGGAGCUCCUGUCCGACCCUCAGAAGCGUACCUUUCAGCUCCACGUGUGUGGGCCUGACUGCGGGCAGAGAGAGACGGGCCCGGACAUCAUCCAUGCUGCUGGCUACUGGUUGGUUGAGGAAGAGCCGAAGCCUUGGCAGAUCCAGUAUGAUGGGUUGGACGCAAAACCAGCAGCAGGGGAUGGGUUGAGCGGACCACGGCAUGACGAGCUGGCCAAGUUGAGGACGCUUCACGAGGAGAGGCAGGCUCGCAGCAGGCUGUUGAAGAGGGCGAAGCGCUUUGGAGGCAAGGGCUCAAAGAAGAGGAAGCGAUCGUCCAGUGAGGAGACGUGCAGCUCGAGCGCCUCGAGCGAGUCGGAAGAAGAUGGUGAAGGCUUGUUCGAAGAGCGCAAGCGAGCCCUGCGCCUGACGCGGCGCUACCCAGGAAGCCUGGCAGCACAGACGGUCGCCAACAUGAAGGAGUCCUUGCUUACCCAGAUCGGAAGCCUGUACUCCCAGGAUCGGAAGACUCUUCCUCCGAUCUUUUCGCAGUAUUACCGCUCGGAGAUGCAGCCACUAUGCUCGCCGUCGAUGAGUCAAGAGCUCCUUACGCUGUCACAGGGGGCCGACUUGCUACUUCGUGGACAUCCUGCACGCGCGCUGGACUUGGUGGCACAGCGUAUCAAAGCCCUCGAUCAACAGAUUCGAGGCGGACAUUGGACAGUUGCGAGACAGCUGGAGUUGGUCAGCGCUGACUCCGUCGGGUUGAGCCUUAAGGUCCUGAAGGACAAGAAGCCGCGAAGUUGGCCCGUGAAGAGCUCAGAGAUCGCCUAG